CAUUCCACCCAAUCAGGAAGCGUUUUUUACGGUCACCAAAGAGCUGCUAGCUCUCUUCUCCUCUCCUGUGUUUUGCAAUCAGCUGGGACUGAUGAAAUAAUACGAAAGAACAGGUUUUAGCAGUUUGCUUUCAUUGUCCAAGGAAAUGCGUCCAAGGAGCACGUAGACCAUCGACGACUCCAAUGAAGAUGCAUUCUAGUCAGGUUGAAGAGGUCUGUUUCGGUUUUAGUUCGUACGUCAACGUCGAAAAUAUUCCCAAUUUGACUGACGCAAACGAAGAAAACGUAAUCGGCAAGACUUUUGAGGAGGUUAAGGCAGUCCUCAAGACCAAGAAAGAGAGAGAUGCAAAAUUAUUGCUCAGAGAGAAUGCCUGGCAUAUCACCGACAAAGUUCGAUCCAAGCUGUGGCCUUUGUUGUGCCAAAAGCUUGGUACCGAAGAUGUCAACGAAACGUUUUACGGGGAAACAGUCACUAUGAUCUUUGGAACUAAAGAUCUCCCCAACAGACCAAUGAUCCUGCCUCAGUUUGUGGAGCAGUCACACUGCCAUAAUUACUAUUUAACCAGAGAAGGACACAAAAUUACUGAGAGAGUGAUCUCAGUCAUCGGGUACUCCCAUCCUGACGUGACCUUCAGUCCUGUCGCCUUUCCUUUGGCGGCCCUCUUUAUGCACUUUAUGACAGAGGAAGAAUGCUAUGCAAGCAUGACAAACAUCUUGAAGUGCAAAAAACCGCUAGUUUUCAUCACUCAAACAAAACUGCACUACGAGGUCACCUGGCAGACGUGCUUGGUUUUGGCUAAAAAGUUUAUUAAAAACGCCGUUAUAAGUCUUCAAAAGCAAUUCGGCGGCAACCAGUCUGAGGUGGAGCUGCUCUUUAGUGAUUGUCUUUGGUGGAUAUUCAAUGGAAUUCCUUUGCAGCACUUGGUGAAGGUGGUCGACUGCUUCCUGAUGGAGGGGAUGAAGGUGCUCUACAGGGUCUCAUUGGCGCUGGUGCAGCUUUUCUCGAAAAUGGGCAGCAGCCCUGGUACCGAAUGGGAGGAACAGUUCAACCAUGGCAACUACUCGGGCGCCAUGUUCACAUUCUGCAGGAAUUUGCCAGUGACCCCAGCCAAGCUGCUGAAGCAGGCUUUCGGCAUCCGCAACUUCAGCUCGGCAACAAUGCUGAAGAUGCAGGUGCGGACUGAGCUGCUGGUCAAGUCGAAGGCGUCGGCCGCUGUCACAAGCGGUCCGAACCAACUGAAGAGGGCAAGGUCGUCGGAGAACCUGCCCACCACGCAGUCGCAGGUGGAGGUGCGCAUGGCCUCGCACACGCUCACCAUUAAAGAGGGCAAUUUGUCCCCUGAGCACAGAACGUCUCAGAUGGGAACGUAUCCCAUUCAGAGUUUGCACUCUGUCAUUGUGGAUUUGGACCAGCUCCUGACUGUUUGGUCCUGGCUGCCGAUCCGAAUCACCAUGUACCAGCCAGUUCUCCUGUACACGACAGAGGAGCAUGGGUGCUCCUUGAAAACAUUCUUCGUCCGAGUGGAGAUGCACGAACCAACGAUUCUGAUCAUCAAAACUUGCAGCGGAGAUAUUUUUGGUGCCUACUGUUCUGCGCGCUGGGAGGAGCGGAACUUGAAAGACGACAAGGGCCUACGACAGACUUACUUUGGCACCGGAGAAACUUUUGUGUUCACCCUGAGCCCAGAGAGGCGCAAAUAUCAGUGGGUUGGCCUCGACCCAGAACCAAACGACUCGGAUCUAAAUGGGAAAGGGGAAAUCAAACAUUCAUCUGAGCUUUUCAUGGCAGCUGACAACCACAUGAUCACCAUUGGCGGAGGAGGGGGAUCGGCAAUUUGGAUGGACGAGAACGUUCGCUUUGGCAAGACAGAGUACUGCGAUACCUUCAAUAACCCACCCCUGUGUCCAAAGGGAGACUUUGAGAUUCAGGUGAUCGAGGUGUAUGGCUUUUCUGGAAUAUAAGUACAAAAAGAAAAAUGCUUUUCAAUUGCUAAUAGCUGUUCGAUGUUGACUCGCGAGAGAAAAUAGUGUUCGCGCUUAGCUAAGAGAGUAGGCCUAAACGCAAAGACGCCAGCAAGCAAGCAAUAAGCCCGCAUUGAAGCAAAAGAAAAAAACUAGUCGUAAACCCAUUCCUCUUGUCGAUUGAUAAAAGUCUGUCGGUGUCAAACGAAAAAGCUCUUCGCCACUAUGUGUCUGUCAGAGGAAACAAAUGAAAUUUAGUUGUGAUGCAUUUAACUCAUCGUAAAUGUGUGUAUUCUCUUUAAAGUGUCAGGGCCUUUAGGGGAGACGAGCCAGAGACCAAGUAGGCGCUCUUUGUAGUUUGUAGACGGAGAAGAGAAACAAUUAAUCAUGGUUUGUCUCCAACUUUUGUCACGCUGCUCAGCCUCUGAAUGUGCUCUCGUGUCACUCACGCCCAUAUUUAUUGUCUCAGUCUGUGAAAUGUACUCAUUAACACGAAGUUAGUGUGUUCCUCUACUUAAGCGUAAAUAAGACUUAUUACAUUUAUUUUGUAUUGAAAAUAAUUGAUUGAUUCCCUUUUGUAUUAUUGUUUCAACAAAUGAGGUUCACGUGCUUAGCAUAGUCUGCCAUAUAUAUAUGUGUCAAUAUAAUAUUGUAUGUAUUUUAGUUUGUCAAGAUUGUUCACUAUAAUCAUCAUGGGACCUCGUUACAACAUGAGUGUGUAAUUUUGAUAAAAUCGAAACAUAAUCAAUGCGUGUGCCAGUUUAAAAGCAAUUAGACUGUAACCAAAUAAAGGUUGAAAUGGCAUCUA